UUAGUCGAUAGCCAAAGUUGUUUGUAAACGGGUUUGUGAUUGGUUAAUCGAUCAAAGUCUCAACUCUAUCAUAUACUCAAUGGGUUCAUGUCAACGUAAGAUCAACAGUAAAUUGUAGCGAUUCAGGGUGAAAUUUUUGCAUGAGAAAUGGUUUGUUAAUUUAUUGAACCCUACUCAUCAUGUAUAUAAAACAACAACGCUUAAUUGCAUGCAACAAACUAUGAAAAAAGUGCAAAAUGGACAGUGAAAAAGUGACAUUAACUUGAGAUUGUUUUAUGCAGACGAUAAUCUUGUUUGGAAAGAACAUGUACUUUUAAGAAAGUGUGUUUAAGAAAUUAUGCUUUGACAUCGGUGCCAAUGAUUUCCUCUCAAAGGGAUUUUUAUGAUUAUAACAUUUGCAAACGUGAUCACAAUCUUAGCACAGUUUUCUUUUUGACAACUUAGUUUAGAACUGUACAAAAUAGGCUUUGGCAUUGAGUCAAGAAAUUAAAAAUUGCUUUAACAACUGUUCUAUAGCACACAAUGGAAAUGAUUAAACAGCUUACAAAUAGGAAAAUUAAUUUGUGAUUUUAAUAACUGGAAUAUAUUUAUUCAUGAAAAGAUGACAUGAACAAAACUAAAUGUUGUAAGUAGGGCUAACAUUUAUAUGCAAAAUGGAGGUGGCUAUGAUGAGCUUAGAACAAGGUAAUGGUGGGCCUAAUUGUAAUUACCAGCGUCAAAAUCAUGUUCUUCCCAAUUCCAGGUCUUAUCCAAAGCCAACCGAUGAUGUCGAUGGUAUGGGGCCCAGUGAUAUGGCAGGUAGUGACUAUGAGUGCAGUGAACGAGUGGUAAUCAAUGUAAGUGGUCUACGAUUUGAAACACAAUUACGGACUUUAAACCAAUUCCCAGAGACAUUACUAGGGAAUCCACAAAAACGAAAUAGAUACUAUGAUCCACUAAGAAAUGAAUACUUUUUUGAUCGGAACCGACCAAGUUUUGAUGCAGUGUUAUAUUAUUACCAAAGUGGUGGGCGUUUAAGAAGGCCAGUAAAUGUUCCAUUAGAUGUUUUCUCAGAGGAAAUUAAAUUUUAUGAACUAGGAGAUGAUGCUAUUCAAAAGUAUAGGGAGGAUGAAGGAUUCAUCAAGGAAGAAGAAAAACCAUUACCUACAAAUAUAUUCCAGAGACGAGUUUGGCUGUUGUUUGAAUAUCCAGAAAGUUCAACUUCAGCCAGGCUAAUUGCAAUAUUCUCAGUGGUUGUUAUAUUAAUGUCAAUUGUGAUCUUUUGCUUAGAAACAUUACCAGAAUUCAAAAAGUAUCGAUAUUUGAACAAGACUAGUGAAACUGGCAAUUCCACAACACCAUCGAUAGAGGAAGAUGAUAUUCCUCAGUUUAAUGAACCUUUUUUCAUUAUAGAAACCUGCUGCAUUAUUUGGUUCACUUUUGAGCUUUUAGUUAGAUAUGCUUCCUGUCCUGGAAAAUUAGGAUUCUUUAAAAAUGUAAUGAAUCUUAUAGAUAUUGUGGCAAUCAUUCCAUAUUUUAUCACACUAGGUACCGUAAUUGCCGAUGAAGGUAAAUCGAACAACCAGGCCAUGUCUCUUGCUAUCCUAAGAGUGAUAAGAUUAGUAAGAGUGUUUAGGAUAUUUAAAUUAUCAAGACAUUCAAAGGGACUACAAAUAUUAGGACAGACUUUAAGAGCCAGUAUGCGAGAAUUGGGAUUGCUCAUUUUCUUCCUCUUCAUUGGAGUUAUUUUGUUUUCUAGUGCAGUGUAUUUUGCUGAGGCAGAUGCAGAAAGUACGCAUUUCCAUAGUAUACCUGAUGCCUUCUGGUGGGCGGUUGUAACUAUGACAACCGUCGGCUACGGUGACAUGCGACCGAUAGGAGUUUGGGGAAAGCUUGUAGGUUCAUUAUGUGCCAUCGCUGGUGUACUAACAAUUGCAUUACCCGUGCCUGUGAUUGUUUCAAACUUCAACUACUUUUAUCAUAGAGAGGCAGAGAAUGAUGAUAAAACGAACUACCAUCAUGUACAAAGUUGUCCAAACUACUCAAAUAGCAAGAAAAGUUCAAUUGCCUCUAGUGGUUCAGAAAAUAUUAUGGAAAUGGAAGAAGGCAGUAGUUUUAUUAAUGUGAAUAGUGACAGAUCGAAAGAAAACCACACAAACAAGUGGUUGUUAGAAGUGAACCAAAACACAGCAGUUGUCGAGAAAGAUGAUCAUGAUGAUGGAAUGGCUGACAGAAACAAAGAAAGAGACUCGGACAGAAAUGAUUGAAGCUCAAACUGGAGGACAGAUUGCUGACAAAGAAAUGAAGAUUACGAUAUUGACAACACCUGUUGGCUAAACAAAGGGAAGAUAACUCAUUGGAAUUAUCAUAUCGCAUCAAUUGAUAGCAUGUGUGUUCUAUUAUUGGCAAGUCAUAACAACUUCAUUAUAAGGGAGACAGAGUGGAUAUAUUACACAGGGGUAGAAAUCCCCCCUUAGUGGACCCCUUAUGCCAUGUGCUGAUACCAAAAAUGGAUCCAUCUUGUUUCUAGAAAUGCUGGCUAUGUUAAUGUAUGAAAGAUGUGUAUAGAUUUUAAUUUUUUUGUCAUUAUUGUUUAUUAUAUGUUUUUAUUUUAGUCUCACAUCCUGCUCAAUACAAAUUAGGGUCAUUUGUGACAAUAUUACCUUUAUAUGAUAUUUUAAAUGCAUAAUAGAUGCAGCAUUAUUUUUAAUUAAGCUUUAUAUAGAUUAUAUUAUAUUAAGUUUUAUUUAGUUGUAGAUAUUUUGGCAAUGAUACUUUUAUUUG